AUGGUUCUCAGAAACUCGAACUCGCCAUUGACCUCGGAGUUCGAUGCCUUGGUACAGGAGCAGAUGGACAAAUGGAAAGUCCCAGGACUAUCCAUGGCAGUGGUUCAUGGCUCUAGCACCUGGUCAAAAGCAUAUGGAUUUGCCGAUUUUCCUGAUCGCAAAAUGACCACCGAUUCUCUUUUCUGCACUUGUAGCACGACCAAAGCAUUCACUGCAGCGGCCAUGUCUCUCGCCAUCGACGAUAGCAAGGAUACUGAAUCUCCCAUUCGCUGGGAUACACCAAUUGCGUCCAUACUUCGAGAUGAUUUUGUGUUGGAGAACGAUUAUAGCACAAUGCAUACUACCAUAGAAGACGCUCUGUCGCAUCGCUCGGGGCUAUCAACACACGAUGCGUGUUUAAAUUUAGUGGAUCCCAAAAGAUCACUGCGCGAAGCAGUUCGAAACUUGCGAUAUCUUCCUAUGGCAUAUGCUCCCCGCACUACCUUCUCUUACAACAACAAUAUGUAUAUGGCAGUAUCUCAUGCAUUGGAACAAAUCGAAGGCCGACCUCUCGGCGAGACUCUCAAGAAACGCAUUUGGGAUCCAUUAGGUAUGAACGAUACAUAUUUCUCCGUGACAGAUGUUUCGCAGGACCCAUCUCUUCGUCCUCGACUCGCGCAAGGCUACACCUGGGACCCAGACACAGACACCUACAUUGCAGAACCUUACAUGAACGAUGUCGCCGUGACUGGAGCCGGCGCCAUGGUGAGCAACGUACUCGAGUACACCAAGUGGCUACGCGCGAUGAUGUACCAAAAGGGUCCCAUCUCUCCGGAGGGCUACGCAGAGCUCUUGAAGCCGCGCACAGUGAUCUCGAAUUGGGAAGAGCUCGUCGGACCACCGCCGGCCCCAUGCCACCUCUAUGCCCUGGGGUGGUUUGUGGAUAGUUACCGCGGCGAGCCUUUCUACUGGCACAGCGGGAGCUGGCCUGGAUUUGGAAUCAAAGUGGGCUUCCUACCGAGCAAGGGGUUCGGCUUUGCUAUGAUGGGUAACACAGUCAAUGCCCGAAAUGCAGAGCUGGGGAUCUACAUGCACCUUCUGGAUCAGAUUUUUGGUGGACCAGGGAUCCCGCGCUCAGUGGGUCAGGCGACAAAACCAGAAAACGGCAAGGUCGGAGCUAAGUCCGAGUGUUUGGAACAAGCCACCAAACGGCUUUAUCCGUCUCUUCCUGAUCCUGUUCUUUCCCACUCUUUACAGUUACACCAAUAUGUUGGGAGAUACGAGCAUCCGGCGUACAGUUCCAUCACUCUAUCCCUCAAAGACGGAUAUUUGGUUGCAGAACUGCUAGACCGUGCUAUACCUUCCCUUAUCACUCUCACCCAUGCAAGCGGGGAGUUCUUUGUGGCGCAUUACUACCAACCCAAGAAAAUCGGAUCUCUCUCUGGUUACUACGCCACGGAAUUCAUAGUGGGUUCCAAUGGGAUUGCCACAGCAAUGGGUAUGGAUAUGGAACCCGCUUUGAAUGGAGAAAAGAUGUGGUUCGAUCGCAAGGACUGA